UCGCUUGCUGGGCCGAUGCUACCCUGGCCCGGUCUGAAGCGGGCUGCCAUAUCAUCCCCACAUAACUACAAGGUGCAGACUGUCGUCGCCCCAACUCACGCCAGAUGACGAAGAGUGCAGCGCAACGCCUCAAUCGCAUCUCUCGUGGAAUUGCUCGCGGGGCUAGUCAUCAGGGCAUCUCCUUUCUGAACCAGAGUAUCGCCAUCCCACACAUUAUGGUUACACCUCCGGCGCAGAGCCCCUCAACGCGGACGACACCCGGUCUCCAGCUCACUCUCACUGCCGUCGAGCUCCCGGAGCGGUCGUCGUCACUCCGAGCUACCGCCUCGCCUUUGGAGCCGGACUUACCUGCCUCUGUUGAGGUCGAUCAUCGCUUCCUCGGUCCCCAUUACGCCCCCCCUCUUUCGUCAUCUUCUUCUUUAGCCCCUCCUUCGUCAUGUCCUACUCCAGUUCCUCCUCCGAUUCCUCCGCGCAACUCGCCAUGGCACAACCUGACUGCAACCAACCGCCAAUCGGCCGCUCAAGCUCCGCCGAAUGCGCGCCGCCGCGCGGCCCACACUUGGGACCGAAACUUCAUGCCAUCCAUCGCUCAACCAGCUGCGCAACAGCCCAUCACCAACCCCAGCCGCGAGCGCAUUGUCCGCAAGUAUGGUGACGACAUUGGCCGUGCGCUCUAAUCUGCCGCGGCUAUGCUUUGGCUUAGAGACGCGUGUGCUUUUUAACCACUGCGCCAUCGAUUGAUUCCGUUUUGGCAGCGGCGGUGCGGCGAAUGAUCUCCGGCAUGCGAGCGAAGGUGAAAGGGCGGGCUGAUUGAAUUGCUCACGGAGGUGAGACAUGAGUUGUAGACUCACAAACAUGGUCAACAAACAUUGAGUCAGCUCUCAGUC